AUGCGCACAUAUUGGGACUUUGACGACGAUUUCGAACGAACUUUGAGAAAGAAGAGGAAGCAGCCAGAACUCAAUCCCUCUAGUUCUAGUUCCGAACCUGAAUCUGAAGCUGAAACGGACUUUGAAGAGGAACAAGACAUGGCUGUAGACAAUCGAACAAUCAAGGAACUUUCAGCCUCUGGAUUGGACACUGCAGUCCCUCUUUGCAUUCAAUACCCUAGGGCAGCUGUAGGUAAGACCGAUGAGUUUGAAUUGAAGUCGAGUUUGCUACAUCACAUUCCCAAAUACCAUGGGCUGUCCAUGGAAGAUCCAAACAAGCAUUUGAAGGAAUUUGAAGUAGUAUGUUCAAGCAUGACACCCAUUAACGUGGAUGGGAAUAUUUUGAAGAUGAAAGCCUUCCCAUUCUCUCUUAUGGACAAGGCUAAAGAUUGGCUCUAUGAACUAGCACCUGGAACCGUUACUUCUUGGGAAAGUAUGAAGAAAGCAUUCUUAGAGAAAUUCUUCCCAACUUCAAGAGUCAUUCUUUUGAGGAAGAAAAUUAGUGGAAUUCAACAAGGCCCGGGAGAAUCCUUUCCAGGGUACUAUGAGCGUUUUAAGACGUUAGUUGCAUCCUGCCCACAACAUCAAAUGAAGGAAGAGCUUUUAAUUCAAUAUUUCUAUGAAGGACUACUUCCACUGGAGAGACAAAUGCUUGAUGCUUCAGCGGGAGGUGCUUUGGUUGACAAAACACCAGUUGCUGCGAAGAUCUUAAUAGCAAACCGAGCUUUGAAUGCACAACAAUACGAAGGAGUUGGAGGGAGAGAUCAUACACGGCCAAGUCCAGUUAAUGAGGUUGUUGAAGGAUCCAAAGUGCAAAGUACAGCCACUUGUAGCGUGUGCUCUAUGCAUGGACACCCCACUGAUCAAUGUCCUCAAUUAAUAGAGAAUGGGGGAUGGGAAAGUGCCAAUGUCGUAGGUUAUCAAGGCCAAAAUCAACCUAGGUAUGACCCGUUUUCAAACACCUACAAUCCGGGCUGGAGAGAUCAUCCAAAUUUGAAGUGGAGGGAGCCUCAACAACAACAAGGCGGAUAUAGACAGCCACCUCCAGGGCUCUAUCAAAGGCCGUUCGCACCACCACAGCCUCACCACAAACUGCCCAAUCAAAUUCAGGUUCGCCAUUGGAUAAUGAUCAAAUGCUUAAAGUACUAA